AUGGCGCGAUACUCCGCGCUGACUGCGACUGCAGCUGGAAUGGAGGCCCGCUCGUGCUACGCCGUGCAGCAUCCCGAUGCGCCGGGCGACGCGUACGACGGCGCCCUCGACCGCCUGAGGAGCCGCAACUCGGACGACGGCCGCAGCGACAGCUCCUCCAACAGGCGCACCCACAAGCGCCGCCUGUCUGGCCUGUUCCGGCGCAGAGACGCCAGAGACAGCAGAGACGACCUGUCGCAGAUGGACCCGCCCGAGACGCCCGCGCUGCCCGCCGACCUCACGCGGCCCAGCUCAGGGUCGCGCAACCUCAGCGACGACUCGCUCGGCCUGCACAGGAGUGUCGCCAGCAGCCUGCUGACCGACGACUCGGACCCGGACACUGCCUCGCCAGCGCGCCGCCCGGGCAUAUCACCGCACAACUCCCACGCUGGGUUGUUGACGCUGUCCUCGCCCCUGAUCGCCUCCGAGACGAUUGACUCGCUCGACUCGGCCACCACCACCACCUGCACCACCACCACCACCUGCACCACCACCACCACCGAUGCCACGCUCGUCGACUCGCUGACGUCGACCGAACACGGCCCCCCACGCACCGCCAGCACCCUCGACCUCACGCCCAACAAGCGUGGAGUCUCGCCGGUCGGCAAGCUGAAGGAAGCCUUUGCCCCCUCCCGACGGGCCACCUCGCCGAAGCCGGGCACCGCCGCAGACGGCGCCAAGCCAGGCGCAAGCGCUGGGGGGAUUGGGGCGCUCUUUGGAGGAAAGAGGCGGGAGCAGCGCGUUCUGGAUGGCCCCAUUGUGGCCUCGCCGCCACAGAUCCACACGGGCUCCGAGACGCGGUCGACGGCGUCUCUGCGCUCGCUAGGUCCUACGCGGAUCAUCACCCAGAUACCAGCGACUCCGCCAGACACGGCCGACGCCCCCACGACCUUUGUUACGCCGCCCACCCCCGUAGACGGGUCCGCGCCGUCGCCCACCGAGUCGACGCACGCAAAGACGCCCACCCAGCACAGUCCCUCGCGGUCGAACCCCAACGUAGUCGUCUCUCCUUCGGGGAACAUGAUAUCGCACAGACGCGUGCGCUCCGCCUCAAACGCGCCCAGCAAGCUCUCCAACUACAUCUCAGCGCCGCUCACGCCCCACCCCGAGGAAGCAAAGACGCCUGGCGGGACCGCCGUGCUCAACUCGCCCAGCACUGGAUUCUUCUCGUCGGUGUUUUCCGCCGCGCAAAACGCCGCCAAUCAGUUCAGCAACACCAUUGCGCAGAACUCGGCGCCGAAGAACAGGCCAGACAGGCCGCAGCAGAAGGAAGCAGACGACGCCGGAGACGGAGGCGAAGAGGUCAUUGGGCCCGCAAACGCCGAAGCGCGAGCAGAGGGCUCAGAGAAGCCUCGCCCUGCCAUUGAGACGCUUGGGUCCGGAAACCUCAGUCUGGCGCACCUGGGCAUAUCGGAAAGCAGCGAAGCCAGCCCCAUGUCUUUGGCGACAAACGUCACCGUCAAGGCCGACGAAGCCUCUGCCAAGGUGGAAGAUGCCGCGGCCGCAGAGGCCGUGUCGGCAGCCUACGCCGCCAAGCCACCGUCGGUCGGCAGUGAACGCCCACGCUCGCUCACCGUCGACUCUGGCGGACCAGGUGCAGCCUCGCCCAAGAGGGAAGCCGACCUUGCAGAUUCGCCGGCUGCGGGCUCACUGCAGAGACAGGGAAGCGUCCGCAGCCGCAUCAGCGGUGGCAGACGGAGGCGGCACAGGGGUAGCUCGGCUGCGACUGGCAACACUACCGCCACGGCUCCGAUUGGAGCCAGUACCUCUACACUGGCUCCCGCUGCGCCGUUGCAAGGCCAUCGACUGAACGGCACUGGCUUUGCCGUGGCACCGCCGAAGCGCAACAAGGACUUCCACGCCCUCUUCAAGAGUGUCCCCGAGGACGACUACCUGAUUGAGGACUACAGCGCGGCACUGCAAAAAGAGAUUCUGCUCCACGGCCGACUGUACGUCUCCGAGGGCCAUCUCUGCUUCUCCAGCAACAUUCUGGGCUGGGUCACCAACCUUGUCAUCAGCUUUGACGAAGUCGUGUCUGUCGAGAAGAAGUCGACGGCUGUUCUGUUUCCCAACGCCAUUGUCAUCCAAACGCUCCACGCUCGCAAUGUCUUUGCAUCCUUUCUGGCGCGAGACUCGACCUAUGAUCUCAUCAUUGGCAUAUGGAAGAUUUCGCAUCCCAACCUCAAGUCCUCCUUGAACGGCGUGACGCUCGACGGGUCCGCUGGCACCGGCGACAAGACCGAAAAGGCCGAGUCCAUUGGCAGCGACGAUGCGACCAGCGAGUCUGACGACGACGUCUACGACGAGGACGCAGAAGACGACGAUGGGUUCGGUAGCUUCACCGAGGCUGGCGAGGGCAGUGUGACCGGCAGCGACCUUGGCUCGGCAGCUGGCGAGCCAGCCACUCGCAAAAUCAGCGCUGCCGUCGCACAAGCCGUGGGCAGCGGCGGGCAGACGACCGAGGCGGCAAAGGCGGCAACGAAUGGCGCUGCAGCCGCGACGAACGACUUUCCUGGCUCCGCGACGCACGGGCCGUCGGAUUGCGCUGACGCCGAUAAGCACUAUGACAAGCUCCUGAUCGACACGACAAUCCCAGCGCCUUUGGGCAAGGUCUACAGCUUGAUGUUCGGCCCCGCUGCUGAUGCGUUUAUGCGAAAGUGGUUGAUUGAGGACCAAAAGUCGCUCGACUUGCAGAUGGAGCAUGACAAGGAUGGCUUGGGCGAGAAGAAGACGACGUUUAGCUACGCCUACACCAAGCCGCUCUCUGCGCCAGUCGGGCCCCGGCAGACACGGUGCAACAUCGAGAUGACGCUUGAGCAGUACGAUCUCGAGAGAGCGGUGAGCGUCAACUGCAGCACGCAAACUCCAGACGUACCGAGCGGCAAUAUUUUUCUCACAAAGACACGAUACUGCCUGAUGUGGGGGCCCGGCAACAGCACGCGACUGGUCAUGACCUUUACCGUCGAAUGGAGCGGCAAGAGCUGGCUGAGGGGACCCAUUGAGAAGGGCGCCAACGAUGGUCAAAUGUCGUAUGCCACCUCGCUCACCGCCGCGUUGCGCACUGCCGUGGCUGCGAAAAUCAACGCGGGUCCCAAGACACCAGGCCGCAAUGGAAAGUCUAAGAAGCGAUCCAGGACCGCAGCACUGGAGGAGGCACCCGCCAUCGCCGCACCCGCCGCGCCACAGCCCAAGCAGAGCAACUGGGGCCUUUUGGAACCGAUACGCCUGCUAGUGCCCUUCUCCGACACCAUCGAGUCGCUGUGCACCCCGCAGAUGAUCAUCACCGUGCUCGGUGCACUGCUGAUCUAUUCGUGGUUCUUCCGCAGCGCUGCAACAGGAGCGACGGGCCCGAAUCACUGGAACACGCACCAGCGACAAGUCGCGCACGACGAGAUCUGGCGCCACGAAGAGAGCGAGCUGUGGAAGUGGCUCGAGCAGCGCGUCGCAAUCGACCGCGUGCAGCACGAAGCGCUCGGCAAGUCCACACCCGACGCCCACCAACGCGUCGAGCCCAAGACCAUCAAGGAGCGGGAGAUGGACGAGGCGAUCCGCAUCACCGAGCAGAAACUCGCCGAGCUGAAGAAGUCGGUCGAGAAGGAGCGGCAGCGGAGUCAAACCAAGGGCCCAAAAGAAUAG